UCCGCGCGGGCACCACCAGCCAGAAGAAAUGGCGGCGGGUCCCACGCCAUCCACCGCCGCGUCCCUCCGGCCGCCCCUGCCGCCGCCGCCGGCGUGCUUCGACUACCGGUCCGCGUCGCUCGCCGACACCCGCGCCGCCGCGGCCGCGAUGAGCCCCGCGCUGGCCGGCCUGGUCGAGUCCGGCGCGCUGGUGCGCGUCCCGCGGCGCCGGUUCGGGCCCGUGCCCGCGUGGCGGCCGCCGGACUUCGCUGAGCCCGAGGAGGUGUGGAUCCUCGGGACCUCGCACCUCUCCGCGGAGUCCACCCAAGACGUCGAGCGCGUGCUCCGCGCCGUCCGCCCGGACAACGUCGUCGUCGAGCUCUGCCGGAGCAGAGCCGGGAUCAUGUACGCUCCAGACAACGCCUCCGGCGAGCCGCUUCUGAAGUCCAACAUGUUCUCGCUCGGCGGAACCAAGUUCUUCGGAGCCGUCAACCGGAGCAUCAACCUGGGUGGGCAGAGUGCUCUUGCUCUGCGUUUGCUCCUGGCCGUCUUCUCGUCAAAGAUUUCAUCCGGCGCAAACAGGCCAUUUGGAGAGGAGUUCAGAGCAGCCAGGAGGGUGUCUGAAGAUAUUGAUGCUCAACUUGUUCUCGGGGAUCGUCCAAUUGAAAUUACUCUUGAACGAGCAUUAAAAUCGCUGAGCUGGGAUGAAAAGACUAAACUCGUAAUCGCAUUGUUCCGUGGAAUCACUUCUACAACCGACGCGCCGCAGGAUGAGAAAGCUGCUGUUAGCCCGUAUGAAUUGUACGAGAAGCUGAGCAGCUCAUAUCCUUCAUUGCUGCAGCCUCUCAUACAUGAGCGCGACAUGUACCUGGCCUGGUCGCUGAAGAGGAGCAAGGCCGUGAACAAGAGCAAGACAGUGGUAGGGGUCAUCGGGAAGGGGCACAUGAAUGGCGUUGUGUACGCGCUGAUGUCAGACCAGGGCGAGCUGAGGUUUCACGACCUCGUCGGCAGGGAUUCGUCAGAGACCUGGGCUAGCUCCAUCGCCAAGGGUCUCGUCAGGGACACGGUUAUAGGGGUCGCCCUGUGGGCUCUGUACGAGCUGGUGCAGGCGGCGCUAUAGGUUAACACUAAAUGUUAUAUAUGUACACCAAGACAUUGCAGAGCUGAACCUGUUUUCAUUGGCAACGACUAAAAUUCAUGACACUGUAGGCUCUUUUGCACUGUCAACGUAGCUUGAGAUUGUAAUAGCAAUGCAGUGUUCUUUUUCUGACAUAUUGCCACCACCUUGUAUGUACUGAAACACAUCAGAAGUCCUGACCUCAUAUCAUUUUGUGCUUGCAGUUGCAGUGCACGAUA